GCUGACGGUGCACGCGGACGGUGUGGCGGAGCAGCUGGAGCGGGCGAGCGCGGCGUCGGGCGCGAUGCUGGAGACCCAGAACCAGACCUUAGCCGCUCAGCGGGAGAUCCUGGAGACCGGAAGUGCUCUGAAAGACACGUUACAGCAAUCGACUCAGGGGGUCAGGCGGGUGUUUGAGGAAAUACAGGACACGUCGCAGAAACAACAGCGUCUGUUUUCCGAGAUAUUUAACCGCGUGGCAUUCCUUCACCAAUUUGUGGUCACGGAGUCAGUCGCUCUCCACACUUUCCUCUACAAUCUCCUCGCAACCGCCAUCACCUUCCUCCUGACCUCCACCCCACGCAGUUCGGGAGCAAGGUUAAUGCUGUUGCUUUUAAUCGGAUUGAACGUAUAUCUUGAACACAUCGCCUCUUCCACAGAGAUGCAUCCGUCAGAAUCCAGCUUAGACUAUACGGAGAGGGUAUCGCAGAGGGUUUGGCUGGUGAGGAGGCUGACGGUGAUGUGUGGGAUCCUGGUGUGGUCUUACUAUGUCCUGACCUAUCGAGACAUCGUGCGCCAGAACAUGGAGAUCUUACAGCGACUGAGAGAGACGCAGAGAGACUUACACACAAUGCUGUGCCAUGCAGAGAAAAUACUAGCCGGUCCGAUGCACACACAUGUGCCCAGCCCUUGGUACACGCAGACAGGCGAGACACACGCGGACUCGGACUCUGCCAUUGUCGUGUCACGUCUGGACAUCACGGCUUCUCCAUCGAAGGCAAACCGGCCCCAGGAAGAGAACGAAGAGUUCGCCACGAGUACGCCAAGAUAUCGAACCCCAAGACCCCGAGCUCGCUCCCCCUCUCGCUCCCCCUCUCGCUCUCGCACCACCAGGGGGCGAACCAGGAGAUCGGAAGUUUCCGUCUACAACAUUCUGGUUUCCGAGGAAAAUAAUUCCAAAUACAAUCUGCGGCAAAGGAAUCCGGGAAAGUCACCGGCGGUCAUUUGAGAAAAGUAUUCAAUUAAUUUUUUCCGGACAACCCUUUGGUUUGAUGAUGGACUGAAACUGAUUUUUUUUCCCCUCUGCUCACACAUCCCUCAAACAAUUUUUU